AUGCCAUCCCGUCAGAAUCUCCUGAUCAUCUCGAUCGUGUCAAUCAUCCUCCUGUACAUCCUCAUAUCAAAAUCAUCAUCCACAGCUUCCACUCCUAUUCCAAAUGACCCCUCAAGACAUGAGACCCCCAAGGGCAAACCAGCAUUCAAGCAGCGACUAGUAGCAGUGGGCGACCUGCACGGGGACAUAUCCAACGCCCAAAAAGUUCUACGUAUGGCCCAUCUUAUCGAUGACCAAGCUAAUUGGGUAGGAGGAGAGGAUGUUCUUGUCCAAACGGGAGAUAUAGUCGACAGAGGUGCGCACGCAUUAGAUAUAUACAGGUUGAUGCAGAAAUUGAGAGGACAAGCUGAGGGACAGGGAGGGAGGGUUGUCAGUAUAUUGGGGAAUCAUGAAGUUAUGAAUGCUAUUGGUGAUUGGAGAUACGUUACUCAAGAUGAUAUCAAAGUGUUUGGAGGGACCAAGCGCCGUCAGGAAGCUUUAGCUAAAGAUGGUUGGUUGGGUGCAGAAUGGUUAGCCAACUACUCAAUAACAGCUUCUGUCCCUUUAUCUCCCCACCCAUCCUCACCAAAAUUAUCCUUCACCCAUGGUUCACUUCGACCUUCAUUCCCCAAUCUCCUCCCUUACCCAGAUGCCAUCAACGAUUUAGGCAGAUCACUAUUGACCAAAGCACUUACACCACCAUUGAAUCCGCCUUAUCCUCCUAAUCCGUAUAGCGGUCUACCGAAGGAUCAUACAAGGGAAGAAGCGGAGCUGUACGCUGAAGGAGGACCAUUAUGGUGGAGAGGUCUUGCAGAGAGGGAAGAGGGGCAGGUAUGUAAGUGGGCGGAGGAGUUGAAAGAGAAAUUGGGAGUUAGGAGGAUAAUAGGUGGCCACACUCCGAAUUUCGAACAUAUCGUAUCGAGGUGUAAUGGUUCAAUCAUCAUUAUCGAUACAGGUAUAUCCUCAGCUUAUGGAGGUGUAUUAUCUGCUCUGGAGAUUGUCUAUACUCUAACACCGGUCAAGGAGGCAAAAGAAGGACAUAGACAAGAUCCGUUCAUUCUCGCAUCUACGAUAGAUCAAGACGAGGACAAGCGUCAGGGAGAGAGGGUUAUCGAAGAUGAGCAGGUGGACGCUAAAGCUAGUGUUAGAGGCGGACUGAAAGGCAGGUAUAUAGAGAGAGAAGAAGUCCAUGCGAUAUAUGAGAAGAGGAGGAAAUGGAUAGCUGUGGAAGAGAGAGAAGUGGUUCUGUGA